UUGACAUAAAAGUCGACUGGCUUGACUCAUGCCGCACCCUUAAAAUGCUUGACUGCCGCUGGAGGUAACACCAGGGUCGAAGCGAAGGCGAGCAAAGCCGGGGCUGCUUGGGAGUCCCUCGGUGCAUCUCGGCGCCCAUGACAUAGUGCCAUGUUGCUGGAGAGCAUCAGCCUGCUGCUAACAGGCUUAGGUAGCUUUCUGGCAUUCGGGCCCUACCAUGACGACCGCACCUGGAACCUCAUGCGGAACAGCGCCAAUUUGGAACGCAUCCAGGUUCCUUUGGAGGAGCCCAGCCACUUCGGCCUCUACAUGCUCUCCUCUUCCAAGCGGCCUGCGCCACCUGCGCCAGCCGUGCUGUUUGUGCCGGGCCAUGGGGGGUCCUGGAAGCAAGGCAUUAACCUUUGCGCUUACCUGGCCAAGAAGGAUGCCCUCCACUACUACGCUGCAGACUUCCAUGCGUCUGCUUCGGCCUUGCACUCCUCGGUCGUGACCUCCCAGGCUCUCUUCACAGCGAAGGCUAUUGAACGCAUCCGGAAGUUGCACUCAGGUCCGCUGGUGCUGCUGGGCCACUCCAUGGGUGGGAUCGUGGCCUUGCGGGCCAUAGCAAUGGGAGCAGCAAGGCCGGAUGCGGUCUUGCUGGUGUCGGCGCCCUUGCAGCCGCACCCUUUGCUGCUGGAACCCCGAUUUCAGGCUGUCCAGCCGGUGAGCUUUAGCUGGGACUUGCGCUUGGUGUCAGUGUCAGGCGGCCCCACGGAUCCGCUGGUGCCCAUGCACACGGCGAGGCCCAGGACGGGCGUAUUCCAGCCCUUGCCAGGGGCUCGUGACGUCUACGCGUCCUUCAGCCACGUGAAUUUGCUCUUCUCACGGCACAGUCUGCACUUCUUGGCGCAGCUGCUGCGGGGCUUGGCGAAGCGGGAGGAAUUGAAAUCGAGCCCCUGGCGACAGCUUCUGAACUCUUCGACCUCGACACCUUUGCCAGCGCCGGAGGCCUUCAGCUCCCAGUCCAUGGGUGGCGAGGCGGUCCCAUUGAGCCGGCUGGAUCAGACACAGCUCUUUCCGAGGAGCGGAGGUGUGUUUAGCUUUCUGCUCAUGGAGGAGCCGAAGCCGAUACGCCGGCAGCCUGAGAGCAGCACACGAGGGGAGACCUUUGACCCCGCAGACCGGCUGAAUUGCAGUGAAGCUGUGCUGGCCUGGGAGGAUGAAAAGGCGUCCUGGCGGCAGGUGGAGGCCAUCUCCAUGCAGUUCCCAGUGAAGGCAUGUUUGCUGCAGCUGCAGCCUCCCGGCGAGGCAACACGCGUGGUGCUAACGCCUCCUGCC